AUGGCUUGGUGGAACCCUCUCAGCUAUUUCAAGCAGCGAAAAGCCCCGAAGCCCAAGUUCCAGCCCGAGUCUGAAAGGUCUUUGUUCGCGCUUGCAUCGGAUGACACCUCGGACGGCACUCUGGCGCGAGGACCAAAUCCAACUCAGGGAGACAGCGACGAGGAGUCUGAGGAGAGCGAAGGUCAGUCUGACUUGCAGCUGGAAGCCUUGCCGGAGGCUUGCUCCCCUUCCUCCCAGAAGGAAGUGCGCUCGUCUCCUGAGCCGCCAGCCCCGGCAACAUCCCGCGAGGAGGUCGAGGAGGCGAGGGCAGAAAUCGCCUAUGGCUCUGCAGCAGGCAAAGUCGAAACGGAGUCCGGAGGAGGGAGCCCAGAGGGCGGGAUGCUCUCACCGUCAGGUGACCAGAGCUCUGGCCCCUGGUGGAACAAGUUCGGCCUGUCUCCGAUGCAGAAGGAGCAGAGUGAGGAGGCACCAGCCUUCAAUCUUGAGAGGAGUUCCGAGACGCAAUCGGGGGGAUCCGAGGCAAGGACGAAGGAGCUGGACUUUGGGCUUCUGGUCCGUAUGGCGGAGAGCCGACGGGCGAAGAGCGAUCCUCCAGAACCUGAAGGCGGAGGCCGGCAGGCUCCAGGCAGCGCUCCUCCUCCCCGGUUCCGUUCGACGGCCUGUUUGGUGAUGCCUCGGCCGGAUGACUACUUCUUGAAGAAGUCCAGCAAAGGGCCGGAAGCUCCCACUGCUCCCACCUCCGCCAGCCUCAAUGACUUAAUUUACCUGGACCCUGGCCACUUCAGAGAGAUUGCCGAGCGAGGAGGAGCCGUGCAAAGGCUGACCAGGACAUAG